AUGGGUGCCAAUGCAGAGAUUGAGUUCCCAGUCAUUGAGUUCCGUUCAUCGGAUUUGAAGCGAGGAACCGAUGGGUGGCACCGUUUGUGCAAGAAAGUUCGAGAGGCUUGUGAGACUUUCGGUUGUUUUGAGGUCGUGUACGAAAAGAUAUCGACGGAAGUUCGAGAAGAGACGUUCGGCUUGAUGAAAGAACUAAUUGAGGUCCCAGUGGAGAGGAAACAAAAGAAUGCUAGUCCCUUGCCUUACCAUGGUUGGGUUGGACCAUGUAAUCAGGUUUCUUUGUUGUAUGAAGGCUUCGGACUUGGAGAUGCCUCCAACUAUGACUCUAUUAAAAGUUUUGCUCAACUUAUGUGGCCUGAUGGUCACCCACGCUUUUCGGGGAAAUGGGAAUCAAUGAUGAUAAACUACAAAACGUUACUGCGGUUUAUGAAAUACAUGGCCCCUCCACCAGGGGAGUAUGAGAGAGGACUAUUUGCUCAUACUGAUAAACCUGUAAGCACAAUCAUUUGUGAUGAUCAAGUUUCGGGGCUAGAAAUUGAGGUUAAGGAUGGCCAAUGGAUCAAGUUGUCUUUAUCUCCUUCUUCCUUUUGCUUUGUGGUUGGAGAUCCUCUCAAGAUUAAAAGUGUAAAUCAUAGAGUUAUGAUGAGUGGAGACAAUGAUCGAUAUUCUAUAGCAACCUUUGCCAUUCCAGUUGAGGGUACUGUAAUCAAGGCACCUAAAGAGCUGAUAGAUGAGCAACAUCCUCAGCUUUACAAGGAUUUUGAUUUCAUGGACUUCUUCCUUUUUGCCUUUUCCGACCCAGCAAAACACAUCGACUCCGGGGAGCAACUCCACGCCUUUGCUUCUCUCUCGCCACCAAUUUCCAAUUGA